CUAAGAGUGAAGACAACCCCUUCCCAGAAGAAUGUGUUACAGCCGGAAGAGAUCAAACUAAAUCUCAUUUGUUGUUUCCCAUCAUCAAAAAAUGCAUCUCCUUACGCUGAUCCUUGGGAUUGUGCUUCUCCCCAAAGCCUUCACCCUGAAAUGUCAUCAGUGUUUAAUGGAAAACCUUGGAACCUGUGAUGACACUAUAGAAUGUCCUCUACAGGGUCAGCAGUGUGGUGCAAUGAGAGUCGUGUCAUAUGCAGGUGGUACAAAACUUGUUGAUGUUGCCUCGAAAACCUGUUUGUUGCCUACGGAGUGUAUCGAAGGAUCAGUCAACUUUGGAAUCACAAAGACUGUGUUUACCAGCAAGUGCUGCAACUCCGAUCUCUGCAACACUCAACCUGCCCCGGAUAUCAGUCAAUCCUCCCCAAAUGGCAAAAAGUGCUUCUACUGUGAUGGACAAUCGUGCACUGCAACUGUUAACUGUGUGGGGAAUGAGGACCACUGCAUCACUACAACAGUGGCUUCAGCAGGGAAGACCAUGAAAGUGAAGGGCUGUGCUUCUAAGAUGGUAUGUUCAAGUGUCCAAUAUGCUCAGACGAUGGGUGGCAUUGGAAAGGACACCAGCUGCUGCCAGGGCAACUUCUGCAACGGCGCCACCAGUACAACUGCUGGCAUUCUGCUGUUGAUGGCAUCGCUGGUCUCUGUGGUCUGGUUUUCUUAGUUUUGCUUCUCAUCUGUGCACGUCUUAGUGCUUAAACCCGCCUUGUUACUGUUUCAGAUGUGUGAGAAAGUAGAAAUUACACAAGUAAAAGACUAAAUAGUUUUUCUUGUCGUCUGCCACAUAGCUUCUAAUCUGCUUAUUUUUAAAUUUUAUUUUUACACAUUGCCUAUACAUCAAACAGCAACUGUCUUGCAUAGAAUUGUGAAUAACAGCGUUGCUUCUGUUUCUGUUUGGCUUUAUCUGAUAGUUGAAGCAAAGGGAAUGUAGAAUAUAUACUGAUGCAAAUUUUUGGUUGUGAGGGCUGUUAGUAUCACCUUUUGUAUUUAGGAAUGUCAAAAAAUGCUUUGAUGUUAUUGAUAUAAAACACAAUAAAGCUCUUAAAAUUC